CGCCUUGUUGGCGAAAACAAAACUUUUUGAAAUCUUAAUAUUUCAUCAUUUACUCAUCAACGAUUGAUUGAAGAGCCGUUUGAUUCGGGCACUAUGGUUAAUGUAGUCUUCUUGCAUCCAGAUCUUGGAAUAGGAGGUGCGGAAAAGGCUGUCAUCGAUGCAGCACUUGCGUUGAAAUCUCGUGGACACUCUGUUGAAUUUCUGACAGCGCACCAUGACCCCACACAUUGCUUUACUGAAACCAAAGAUGGAACUUUUAAAGUCACUGUUGCUGGGGACUGGCUACCAAGGAGCAUAUUUGGAAAAUGUUAUGCUAUGUGUGCCUACUUACGUAUGAUUUAUGCUGCCAUUUAUUUAGUAAUAUUUAGUGGAAUGAAGUUUGAUUUGAUAUUCUGCGACCAAAUCUCAGCAUGCAUUCCUGUUCUUAGAUGGACAAAUUCUCGAAUUCUAUUUUACUGCCAUUUCCCAGACAUGCUGCUCACACAGCGAAAGAGUUUCUGGAAGAAGAUGUAUAGGGCCCCAAUUGAUUGGUUAGAAGAGAAAACAACAGGAAUGGCACAUUGCGUUCUAGUUAACAGUAAAUUUACAGCCAAUGUUUUCAAAGAAACAUUCACAAGCCUCAGUUGGAUCACGCCAGAGGUUCUUUAUCCAAUUCCUGAUUUCUCAGCAUUCAACAAGCCAGUGCCAACUAAAAAUGAUGAUAUUCCGAAGAAUAAGCGUGUCAUAUUUCUGUCAAUCAAUAGAUACGAACGCAAGAAAAAUCUUGGACUUGCAAUAGAAGCUUUGGGUGAAUUGAUUGGGAAGACAGAUCCAAAAGAUGUUCAUCUAAUAAUGGCGGGAGGUUAUGAUGAACGUGUCGCAGAGAAUAAAGAACAUUACCUGGAAUUACGUCAACUUACUGAGAAACUUGGAUUAAACGAUAACGUCUCAUUUUUGCGAUCAUUUAGUGAUGCUCAAAAGAGGUCUCUGUUACAUAACGCCACUUGCUUGAUUUACACGCCACAUAAUGAACAUUUCGGGAUUGUUCCAAUCGAGGCAAUGUAUAUGAGGACCCCUGUGAUAGCUGUAAAAAGUGGAGGCCCCCUAGAAACAGUAUCAGAUGGUGAAACUGGAUUCUUGUGUGAUCAAAAUGCAAAGGAAUUUUCUGAUGCGAUGAUGAAGUUUGUGGAAAACCUUGAACUGAGUGAAAAGAUGGGGAAUGCGGGUCACAGUAGAGUUAUCACUAAGUUCUCUUUUGAUUCAUUUACGAACCAACUCAAUGGGAUAGUUGAAAAACUGUGUAGUAAUUAGCAAUUGUGAAUUGAAUUUGUGAAUAUUUGAAUACUCGACAGUAAAACUUGACAAUGUGAAUAUAUCUGUAAAUGUUGAAAACAAUGAAUAUUGAAAACAUGGACAGUAAAAAACAUGAUAACAUAAAUUGCUUUAAAAUCUCGUUGAAGUCUAGUUUUUUAAUUAGAUUUUAGGAGAUUCGUCUUAAACUACAUGUAUUCAAGAUCAACAUUUUCUUCUCUUUGAUGGCAUAUUUGAAUUCUUUGUGUUUCUAUCAAAACAACUUUGAUUUGCAGUUAUUUACCUUUAAUCAA